UGCAGCGCUUUGAAACACGGGCUUCUGUCACUUCAGUUUGCAGAAUUCAUUGUAAUUAUUACUGAAAACUGUUUAAUACAAGGAAAUGAAUUGGACUGCACCAAUUUUAAUAUUAUUACUAUUUAUUCUUGCAAUUAUGUCCCUUUUGAGGAAGGGCAGUUCCUGGAAUGACAGCUCCCCAAAUCUUCCCCCGGGACCCAGGACAAUACCCAUUUUGGGAAAUCUGUACCUGAUGGAUCUGAAGAGGCCUUUCAGAACAAUGAUCAAGUUGUCAAAAGAAUACGGUCCUGUUUUCCGCAUCAAACUGGGAUUCCGGGAAAUGGUGGUGCUGACUGGCUAUGAGACGGUCAAAGAGGCUCUGGUGAACCAGGCGGAUGUAUUUGCAGAGAGAGCUGCUCUCCCCAUUUUUGAGGAAUUUGCAAAGGGCUUUGGUGUUGUUUUUGCUCAUGGUGAGAACUGGAAAGUGAUGCGUCGGUUCACGUUAUCCACAUUACGGGACUACGGAGUGGGCAGGAGGACCCUUGAAGACAAAAUCAAUGAAGAGUGUAAUGUCUUCACCAAGACAAUUAAGACUUACGCAGGAAAACCAUUUGAGGUCAAAACAAUUAUGACUGCUGCUGUUUCCAACAUCAUAGUUUCUAUUCUACUUGGAAGGCGCUAUGACUAUGAAGAUCCCACAUUUCUACGACUACUGAGGUUAAUCAAUGAAAAUGUUCGGCUUUCGGCAACCCCUGCUAUAUUGCUAUAUAACCUGUUUCCCAUCCUGGGGGUCCUUUUGGGUUCUCGUAAAAUAGGCAUGCAGAUUAUUCCACUGCUGUCAUCAGUGCUCCAUGAUGAAUCUCAGUGGGAGAAACCUCAUGAAUUCUAUCCUGAGCAUUUUCUUGAUUCUGAGGAAAAAUUUCUGAAAAAAGAUGCAUUCCUGCCCUUCUCUGCAGACCUCUCCCUCUUUGUGUUGGACAUUUCUAUGGCCGCCUUCCACCACCGGCAGUUGUCAAAAGAAUACGGUCCCAUUUUCCGCAUCAAACUGGGAUUCCAUGAACUGGUGGUGCUGACUGGCUAUGAGACGGUCAAAGAGGCUCUGGUGAACCAGGCGGAUGUAUUUGUAGACAAAGCUGCCAUUCCCAUUUUUGAGGAAUUUGCAAAGGGCUUUGUGGGCAGGAGGACCCUUGAAGACAAAAUCACUGAAGAGUGUAGUGUUUUGAUGAAGAGAAUUAAGACUUAUGCAGGAAAACCAUUUGAGAUCAAAACAAUUAUGACUGCUGCUGUUUCCAACAUCAUAGUUUCUAUUCUACUUGGGAAGCGCUAUGACUAUGAAGAUCCCACAUUUCUAAGACUACUGAGGUUAAUCAAUGAAAAUGUUCGGCUUUCGGCAACCCCUUCUAUAUUGCUUUAUAACCUGUUUCCCAUGCUGGGGGUCCUUUUGGGUUCUCGUAAAAGAAUAAUGAAUAAUAGAAAGAAAUUCCAUGAUUUCAUACAGGCCACCUUUAUAGAACAUCUCAAAGACCUUGAUGAAAAUGAUCAGAGGAGUUUCAUCGAUUCAUUUCUUGUUCAGCAAAGAGAGGAAAAUAAGAAGAUGACAAAUGCUGAAUAUUUUCAUAAUGAAAACCUUAAAGCUCUUGUACUUGACUUAUUUGGUGCUGGUACAGAAACAACUGCAAACACUCUGCGCUGGGCCAUACUCUUAAUGAUGAAGUACCCGGACAUUCAGAGUAAGCACCUUCAUUUCAUUGGCUUGUUGAUUGGAGAUCUCCAGCCAAGGACAGAACACCGAGCAGAAAUGCCUUACACCGAUGCAGUAAUUCAUGAAGUUCAACGGUUUGCUGACAUUGUUCCAACCAGUCUGCCACGUUCAACCAGCAUGGACAUCACUUUCAAAGGCUUCUUCAUUCGUAAGGGCAUGCAGAUUAGUCGGAGAGCAUGCGCUGGUGAGAACCUUGCCAAAACGGAGCUCUUCCUCUUCUUUACCAGCCUCCUGCAGGGAUUCACCUUCCAGCCACCCCCAGGGACAUCUAAAGAUGAUCUGGACCUGACCCCUGAUCUUGGACUAUCAACCCCUCCCAUGCCGUACAAGACCUGUGCUGUGUUACGGUGAUCCGACAGAAAAAAAUGAUGACAAGCUGUUUUUGCAGCCUUUGCAAUGCCUCCAUUUUGACAGUCAGGCAAAAUCUGACCAGAUACCAGAUUCCAAUGAUCGAUAGACCCACAAAAUGUAGAUUCUGAUGGGGAAGAAUAGUAGGGAAAUCAUGAAAUGCAAAGUGCUUUGUAUUGCUGUUACUGCAUUUUUCUUUUGGGCCAUUUGUUUCCUUUGCCUUUUAUUAAUUUUUUUUUCUCUGCUUCAACUUCUGUUUCAUGUAGGAUUUUUCUGUCUCUUUUCCAUUAAUUAAAAAGAGUAAUUUUAAUUCCUUUUUUUUAAACCAAUAUAAUUUUUUCUGCAAUAGUCCCAAGUGCAAAUUCAUGUAUUUGCUUGUUAUCCCUAGUUAUCAAUUGUAUUCUUUCUUCAAAAAACAAUAAAAUACUAAUAUUCCUA